GGAACGCCCCCUUUAGGGUCCGGAAGCCAAUCGGAAGCGCGCAGAAGGCCCAGACGGCGCGCCAACGUUCAGCAAUGGCGGUCAUGGGCCUCUAGACGCUGAAACCCGGAAGAGAGACGGAGUUUUGCUUACCUGUGGCACUCCUUCCUUCCAAGCAGGAGGAGCUGCUCCAUGGGCCGCCACAGUAAGCUCCAGAGGCAGGUGCUGUCCUUGUACCGCAGCUUCCUUCGGGCCGGGAAAGGCAAGCCGGGCUUCCUGCCGCAGAUCCGGGCCGAGUUCCGGCAGAACGCACGGAUCCCGCGGACUGAGGUCCUGCUCGUGGAGUACCUGCUCCGCCGCGGACAGAAGCAGCUGGAGCAGCUCCAGAACACCCACACCAAGCAGAUGGGGGCCUUCGUCAAAACCAGGGAAGAGGAGGAGGAGGAGAGGUGACACCAGAGACGGUGAUGAUGGCAGUGUAACACUCCUAGGCAGCGCAAACACUGGGAACCAACACAGAGGCCAAUAAACAAUCUAAUAUCUUUAUUAAAGCAAUAAAAGUUUCAAACAGAAACAAGCAGAAUAGAUAGUCAAGCAGUUGACCUUUUAGGAAAGAUCAAAGUUAGUCCAAAAAAUGAAAGUCUUAUGUCCAAUAUUAGAGUCCAAAAUCCAAUAACCGAAACACACUCAAACUUAAUGGAAGUUUGAGUGGGGAAAGAAGCAAAGUUCCUCAGGAAAAUACUUAAAGUAAUAGUCCAAAGCAAGGUUUCAAGGCAAGGCUAAGGCUGUUUGUGAUGGAUCUGAAACGCAGUCCAAACUUGGCAAGGGACGAGACGCAACGCCCGGUCUACUCGAGAGUAAGCGUGCCAGCAGGCCGCUUGGAAGCUCAGGAUCAAGAGACGAUGUAUUCUUCCAUCAGAAGUUCAGUUGACACCGCAACAGAGAUUCUCUGCGCAGAACUUUUAUUGAAGUCCAAGAGCUCCCCCAAACUGGUGCUUGACUCCCCAAAUCUUCCCAAGAGAAACGAGCUGCUAACAACGAGGCGCCAGAUGCCUGCCUCCCCAAUUCUUCCCAAGAGAACUGGCUUAGCCACAAUCGCCUCGCUCUGCUAAUCUCACACUUCUCCUUAAACUUUGUCUUUGAGAGCGAUCUGUUUUGAAAGUAGCCCUUCUAUCCAACUCCAAACUCUCCGGAGAUCCGGGAAGGGCCAGCAACAUCUCAAGGGCAUUCCUAAUUGGCUCUGGCAUGGCAAUGUCAACAAGAGACAUCUGGAAAGGGAUUGAAUCUUGCUGCGGUGGGAAAAAAACCCAAAUCCUCUUCAGUUUGAUCAGCAAUGGCUGUGGGAUCAGGGCCCAAAGGUGCCCGAGACAUCACAGGCAGCAUCCUUGAAGCCUGCUGGGAUUUUCUCAGUUGCUCACACUUUCAAUGAGCUGCUGGAGUUGUUGUGUCAGCUCAGUUCCACCUUCUUUAAAGACUUCAACAAGGAUCCCAUCAGGUCCGCUGACUUUGUUAUUUUGCAGUUGAUUGAAGGGAGGAAUAACUGGUGCCUCACUAUCUGUAUCUUUACUCUGUGGAAUGAAUGGUUUUGUACCACAGCUGCUAUCAAAAUCAUUUGAUCUGUAGUUUGCAUUCUUUGUUAAACUGCAACUCCCAGGACUCCCAUCGCAUUGCCAUGGCAGUUUAAAUGGUGUCAAGCUGAAUUCAUUCUGCAGUGUAGAUUUUCACAGACAUGCCAAGUUGUUUCACCAGUUCCACAAAUACAUCCUAUUGUAUAGUAAUAAUAAUAAUAACAAUAAUUAUUAUAAUCUGCUCACCCAUAGUAAAACCAUGAUAAUCAUAAUAUCGAAAAAAAACUAAAUCUCAUGGGGUCUAUCCAAUGCAAUUUUCUGAAUGAAUAGCAAAAGAACCCCAAAAACAGACCUAAAAACCAAGAUACUAACAAUUUUCUUUUGGUUGGGCUGUCUUAUUAUUGUUUCCCUUAUUAUUAUUGUUGUUGUUGUUAUUAUUAUUAUUAUUAUUAUUAUUAUUAUUAUUAUUAUUAUUUUAUGACACAGCAAACUCUCUCUCUCUCUCUCUCUCUCUCUCUCUCUCUCUCUCUCUCUCUAUAUAUAUAUAUAUAUAUAUAUAUAUAUAUAUAUAUAAAAUAAAACUUUAUUUAUACCCCGCCACCAUCUCCCCGUGGGGACUCGGGGCGGCUUACAUGGGGCAGAGGCCCAAACAACAUAGAACAAAACAUAAGCAACAUAAUACAAAUCACACAAUAAAAAGAUAAAACAGUAAUACAAUAUAUCAAUUAAAACAAAAAUACAGGAUAAAAAUUGCAUUUAAAAUACAUAAAUGGUAAAUAAUGUAUUACUAUUAUUAUUUUAUUAUGACACAGCAAACAAGAUAGAUAUGCUGGAUUUCAUAUCACAAAAUCACAAGUCGAACACUUCCCAAGUGUCUAGGACUGUGUGAUGUAUUUUCGGAUGAUGCGUGCAGAUCCCAGCAGGGUGGCCUUUUGCAGUUGGCAGAUCGUAAUUUUGUCAAUGUCUAUUGUUUCCAAAUGCCGGCUGAGAUCUUUUGGCACGGCACCCAAUGUGCCCAUCACCACCAGGACCACGUGUACUGGUUUCUGCCAGAGUCUUUGAAGUUCAAUCUUGAGGUUCUGAUAGCAGCUGAGUUUUUCCUGUUGUUUUUCAUCAAUGCGACUGUCACCUGGGAUGGCGACAUCAAUGAUCCAAACCUUUUUCUUUUCCACAACUGUGAUGUCUGGUGUGUUGUGUUCCAGAACUUUGUCAGACUGGAUUCGGAAGUCCCAUAGUAUCUUUGCGUGCUUAUUUUCCAAUACUUUUGCAGGUUUGUGAUCCCACCAGUUCUUUGCUGCUGGGAGGUGGUACUUGAGGCAUAAGUUCCAAUCAAUCCUUUGGGCCACAUAGUUGUGCCUCUGUUUGUAGCCUGUCUGUGCAAUUUUCUUACAGCAGCUGAGGAUAUGAUUAAUGGUUUCGUCGGUUUCCUUGCACAGUCUGCAUUUUGGGUCAACAGCUGAUUUUUUGAUCUUGGUCUUAUUAUUAUUAUUAUUAUUAUUAUUAUUAUUAUUAUUAUUAUUAUUGAAGACCAUUGCAGAAUAGACUCAAUGGCAACAGGAUUAUUAUUGUUGUUAUUAUUGAAGAACUCUACGAGAUGUCAUUCAUUCUGAGCACUGACAGUUUAGGCAUUUGGUGUGACAUUUCUUUUUCUCACUCCAUUGAUUGUGUCUGUUUCAAAGCCAUCCUUUGGCUGCAAGGACAUGAAUUUAAUUGCCAAAGAAAAGGUGUUAAUUUGCAUGACACGUGUCUUUAUUUACUCCUCCUUCUGGAACAAUGAAAAGUAAUGUUGAGACAUGUAUAAAACAUGCCUUCAGAUCAUUGAA